GAGAGUCACUUUAACAUGAUCUGCUUGUUUUCAGUGAAACUGGAGCCGUGCGAGCGAGAUCCUGAUCCUGAUCUGAAGGAGGAGACUCUCGGUGUCAGCGGCCUCAGUGACGUUAAAGACAUUCUGUGUGAGUUAAUCAGGGACGGUGCUUUGUCCCGAUCAGCGCUGGAUCUGUCCCGAUCGGGAACGCUUCAUCGCAGCAGGUCAGAGGUCGAGCCGAGCGGAGCCAUGAUGGAGGAGGAGCGCAGGGAUCUGAGGAUGUGGAUGAGGAGGAAACAGAGAGAACGACUGAUAGAGUACAGAAAACAGAGAGAAGAGAAGAGAGAGAGAGAGCACAGACCCUUCAUCUCUCCAGUUAAACACCAGAAUCUGACGUCUGUGGAUCUGGCAACCAGCAAGAGAACCAAAGCAGAGCGAGACAGGCUGCUGCUUCAGGAGCAUCAUGAGCGGAGAGCGCGUGACGCCUGCGGUCUGAUCUCUGAGUGCUCACCUCGCCCUUCAGUCUUCCCACAAUCCCACAGCAGAGCCUCAGGAGCACCACUGAGUCCUCAGGGAAAAAGAAGAGGAUUCCCAGGAGUCAGAGCGGACCGCAGGGAUCUCUGGGGAAAACCGUCACGCUUCAGAGGAAACCUGCUGCUACAACACACGGCUCUCUGAGCCGCAGACUCGGCCUGCACAGACCAGCCAGCGCUCUUCCGGCCGAUCGGUUAUCCCAGGUCACUCGCCGCGGGAUGCUGUCUGACCCCAGGACCAGACCAGAGAAGAAGAAGACCACCCAUCAGACAGAACAGAGAGAAGUGAAAGAGAGAGAUCAGACGCAUGAGAGAGACGAGGACGAGGACAU